UUCCAACCUGUGAAGUGUCCAGGCCUGGCUGCUCCUCAUAUCUGCCAGAAAGUGUAAAACUGCACUCUGAGUGCCAAGUUCUGGCUGUGGAAAGUGAGUUAAUCCGUGGUGGUGCUCCUGGAAGUCCUGAGCUGGGGUCAGCUGGAAGAUGACCGAAUACAAGCUGGUGGUGGUGGGAGCUGGUGGUGUUGGGAAGAGUGCUUUGACGAUACAGCUCAUUCAGAACCAUUUUGUUGAUGAGUAUGACCCCACGAUAGAGGAUUCCUACAGAAAGCAAGUCGUCAUCGAUGGAGAGACCUGCUUGUUAGACAUCUUGGAUACUGCAGGGCAAGAGGAGUACAGUGCCAUGAGAGACCAGUACAUGAGAACGGGGGAAGGAUUCCUCUGCGUCUUUGCCAUCAACAACACCAAGUCCUUUGAAGAUAUUCACCAGUACAGGGAGCAGAUCAAGAGGGUGAAAGACUCAGAUGAUGUUCCCAUGGUGCUGGUGGGAAAUAAAUGUGACCUACCAGCCCGGACAGUGGAGACCCGGCAAGCGCAGGACCUGGCCCGGAGUUAUGGGAUCCCCUACAUAGAAACGUCUGCCAAAACUAGACAGGGCGUUGAAGAUGCCUUCUAUACCUUGGUGCGGGAGAUCCGUCAGCACAAGCUGCGCAAGCUGAAUCCCCCAGAUGAGAGCGGCCCCGGCUGCAUGAACUGUAAAUGUGUGAUAUCGUGACUACGCUGACUGGACUGUGUCUUGGAGAGGUUCCCACUGUGCAGAGCGCAAGGAAAGAGGUGAAGCGAAGGAAGAAGCAAACGGAUUCAGGGGAGGAGUAUAGGGGGAGGGGGAGAGGAAAAGGAGGAGGAGGAAGAGGACGGGGGAGCAUGAGCCCCUCCAAGGACUAUCUCGCACUUCACCCAAGCCUGCGGCAAACAACUUUUUUCUUUUUUUUUUUUUUCUUUCCCCAUCCCCUCCUCCUUUGGCCUCCUCCCACCCCGGCAACUGUACAAAGCCACAGAUUGAAUCACAGUAAAUUAUUAUUUGAUGGUCUCAACAAA